AUGCCACAGAGGAGGAAGAGGCUCAGAUGGAGAAGGAAGAAGGAGAGUGUGGAGCUCUCUGGAGAGAAAGGGCACAGGGAUGAGCACAGCCUGCCCCAAAUGUUGAAGGGUGAAGAGCUGUUUGGCUUUUGCCAGUUGGCAGCGGCGGCUCAGCAGCCUCGCGGGCGUGAGGGGCGUGGCCAGUGCGGCUGCGCGAGCUCCAGGGGCGGCGGGGCGUGGGCGGGGCUUUGGGAGCGCAGCGCUCAGCUGUGCGGGCAGCAGCGCGCGCUGCGGGAGGUCGCGGCGUCGAAGUUGGCGUCGGCGGCCCUUGCUUGGACCACCGUGGAGGCGGCGGCGGCGGCGGCCCUUGCUUGGACCACCGUGGAGGCGGCGGCGGCGGCGGCCCUUGCUUGGACCACCGUGGAGGCGGCGGCCCUUGCUUGGACCACCGUGGAGGCGGCGGUGGCGGCCCUUGCUUGGGCCACAGCGGAGGCGGCGGCCCCCCCUUGCGUGGGCCACAACGGAGGCGGUACACUGACUGCUGUGGAAAGUUUUCUGACUCUACAUUCAGGACCUGAGGAGCAAGAAAAAGAGGUCCAUACCGAUGAAGUCAGAUGUGUCAGCCAGACCCAGACCUGCUGGAAGCCAGACUUGCAUUUUGUUUUCUCUUCAGAACUGGUUCUUGCCUCUUGCCAUAGAUUAAUCGACCAAAGCAUACAGAAGUUCCCUGGCCAGGAAUCAAACCUGUGCCAUGGCAGCAACCCAAGCAACAGCAGUGACAACACUGGUUCCAUAACCCACUGAGCCACCAGGGACUCUGAUAUGUAUGUUUUUAUUGUGGUUUUGUUAACUGCUUUGGAUUUGUUUUUGUAGUACUUUUUUCUUCCCUUCAUUUUUUGUCCUCUUUUGUGAUUUGAUGACUAUCAUGUUAUGUUUGGAUUGCUUUUUCUUUUUGUGUGUGUAUCUUAGAAGUUUUGGUUUGCAGUUCCCAUGAGGUUUUGAUAUAGCAGUCUAUAUAUACAAAAGAUUGAUUUUAGUUGCUGUUCUCUUAAUUUCAAAUACAUUUCCAAUAUCCUGCAUUUGUACUCUCCUUUUCUCAUGAUUGCUGGCUUUAAUAUCGUAUUUGUGUAUAGACGAUUACCUACCUUCACUGCAUGUUUGCUUUUACCAGUGAGCUUUCCCAUUCAUAAAUUUCUUGUUUCUAGUUAUGGCCUUUUUUUUUUUUCCUGCCUAGAGAAGUUCUCUUAGCAUUUGUUGUAAAUCUGAUUUGGCAGUGCUGAAUUCUGUCAGCUUUUGCUUGUCUGUAAAGCUUUUGAUUUCUCCAUUGAGUCUGAAUGAGAGCCUGGCUGGAUAAAGUGCUUUUGGUUAUUUUUUUCCCUUUCAUUGCUUUAAAUAUAUCAUUCCACUUCCUUCUGGCCUUCAGAGUUUCUGCUGAAAAAUCAGCUGAUAAUCUUAUGAGGAUUCCCUUGUAUGUUAUUUGUUGCUUUUCCCUUGAAGAUUUUGACGUUUUGUUUUUAAUUCUUGUCAACUUGACUAAUAUGUGUCUCAGCUUGUUCCUCCUGAGUUUAUCUCCUAUGUGAUGCUCUGAGCCUCUUGGACUUGAGUGUUUACUUUCCCAUGUUAGGGAAGUUUUAAGCUAUUAUCUCCUCUUCAGAUAUUUUCUCAGGCCCUUUCUCUCUUCCUCUUCUUCUGGGACUCCUUUAAUAUGAACAUUGGUGCAUUUCAUGUUGUCCCAGAGGUCUCUUAGAUUGUCUUCAUUUCUUUUCAGUCUUUUUUCUUUAUUCUGUUCUGUGGCAGUGAUUUCCACCAACAUGUCUUCCAGCUCCCUUCUUUGUUCUUAUGCCUCAUUUAUUCUGCUAUUUAUUCCUUCUAGUGUAAUUUCUUAUUUCGGUUAUUGUAUUGUUCAUCUCUGUUCUCUCAGAGUCUUCUAGCUCUUAUGGAAGCACCCAAAGCAUUAGGUUUUAAUGACCCCAAGUUUGAAUGAGACAAUUCCAAAAAGUUAAAAAAUCAAAUCAUGCAUAAAAGCCCACUAUACUUAAUAAUACUACAGAAGAUUAAGAUAUUUGUUCUUUAAAGAAUAUUCCAAUGUGCUGCCUUAGUGUAAUAACUGAACCUAAGCCUUUCCUUAUAAUGGCCCUCCUCUGUGAAAACAAAAACACAAGGUGUCAACUUUUCUAAAUAAUACUGAAAUUAAACAAAAUUCUAUAAGAUAUGAAAAAAAAAAGUCUUCUAGCUCUUUGUUAAACAUUUCUUGUAUUUUCUCAGUCUGUGCCUCCAUUCUUUCUCCUAGCUCUUGGAUCUUCUUUACUAUCUGUACUCUGAAUUCUAUUGCAGAUAUAUUACCUAUCUUCAUUUAGUUAUUCUUCUGGUAUUUUAUCUUGUUCCUGAGCUUGAAGCAUUAUUUCUCUGUUGUCUCAUUUUGUCUAACUUUCUGUUUGUGGUCUCCAUUCUGCAGGCUGCAGGAUUGUAGUUCCUCUUGCUGCUUUUGUCUGCUUCCCCCCCCCCCCCAGUGGGUGAAGUUGGUCCAGGGGCUUGUGAAAUCUUCCUAAUGAGACAAACUGGUACCUUCCCACUGUUAGGUGAACCUGGAUCUUGUCCCUCUGAUCCACAGGGCUGAAUCAAGGGGUAUAUUUAGAAGCAGCUCUGGGCUCAGGAAGUCUUUAGGCAGCCCAUCUGCUGAUUGGUGCAGCAGUGUUUUCACCCUUUCAUUUGGCUGAAGCAUUCCAGCCCUGGACCUGCAGGUGGUUGGGUAUGGCCAGGCCUCAGUGCCGAGAUGACAAUCUCCAGGAGAGACCACACUGGAAAAUGUUCCCUGGGGCCUCUUACACCAGUGUCUUUGUCUCCACAGUGAGCCACAGUAUCCCAGGAGACUCCAACACCUGCAAGUAGUUCUGGCCCAGGCUCCUAUAGAGUCACUGCUUUGCUUUGUAUCCCAGUGCACCUGAAAGCCUGUGUGCACCCUCUAGGAAUGGAGUCUCCCUUUCUUCCAGUCGUAUGGAGCUCCUACACUCAAGACCCACUGGUCUUUAAAGCCAAAUGCCCUGGGAGUUUCUGUUCCUGAUGCCAGACCCCCAGGCUGUGGAGCCUGAUGGGGGGUUGAGAAUGCUUAUUCCUAUGGGAGAACCUCUUACAAUAUAAUUAUUUUCCAGUGUGUGGGUCACCUGCUUGGUAGAUAUAGGAUGUGAUUUUAUUGUGAAAACACCCCCUUAUACCAUCUCACUGUGGCUUAUUCUUUGGCUUUGGAUAUAGAAUAUCUUUUUUGGUAGGUCCAGUCUUUGCCUGAUGGCUGUUGAAGGGUUGUGCUUUUGGUGUUUUCAUGAGAGGAGGUGAGCUCAAGGCCUUCUUCACCAUCUUAUCUCAUAAUCCCUCUCCUAUAAUAACUUUAAUGUUAUGAAUUAUAUUUAUUUGGUUUUAUAACAAUAAAGCAAACUUGGAUUUCUGGGGUAUUUUGUAUAUCACAAAGUGAAGGAGAGCAGGAUUAAGAUGGCAGAGGAGUAAGAAAUGGUGCACACCUUCUCCCACAAACACAUCCAAAAAAAAUUGUAUGUAGAACUGUUUGAAUGGAACAUCUACUGAACAUUGUCAGAAAACCUUACACUUCCAAAAAGAAUAAGAAACCCUCCACAUAACUGGGUAGAACAAAUGGAAGAAAAAGAGAAAAAAGAGGUAUCAGGAUGGGAGCAGCACUCUUGAGAGGGAGCUAUGAAAGAGGAAAGGAAUCCGCACCCUGGCAGGUCAUCUAACUGACAGAUAAGCCAAGACACAGAGGGAACCCCAAAGCCCUGGAGAAGAGCACAGCAGCCAGACUGAGAUAGGCAAAGCAGAGACAGAGUGCUCAAAAAACCAUCGGUACCACCCCCGCCCCAGACACCACAGCCUGAGAUGCUUGGGUGGGGGCUGGGUGUGAGAUUGUACUCUGGAGAUAAGAGAAAUAUAAGCACACAAUGAAGAAAUUCAGGAACCAUUCCCAGUUAAAAGAACAGGAGAAUUCCCCUGAAGGAGCAAACAGUGAAAGAGACCUCACAGUCUAACACCAAGUUCAAAAAGGAGAUAGUGAAAAUACUGAAGGAAUUAAGAGCACUUUAUGAAGGACUUAAGAACAGAUAUGAAAUAAUGCAUAUUAUAAGGGCACUAUAAAAUAUAAAGAGGAGCCAAGAAAAAUUAGAAAAUUCAUUUACAGAGACUCAAGCUGAGUUAAAGACACAGAAGAGCAGGAUGAAUAAUGAAGAGGAACAAAUUAGUGACUUAGAAGACAGAAUAAUGGAAAUCACUCAAUCAGGAGAGCAGACAGAAAACCAAAUAAAACAUGGAAGCAGUAUAAGAAAAUAUAAAGUGGGCCAAUCUAUGGAAAAUAGGGAUACCAGAAGAAAAAGAAUAAGGGGACUGGAAAUAUAUUUGAGGAAAUCAUGGCUGAAAACUUUCCAAAUUUAAAGGAAACAGACAUCAAGAUACGGGAAGUACGGAAGGCCCCAAACAAGCUGAACCCGAACAAACUUGCCUAAGACAUGUUAUAAUAAACAUGGCAAAAGUUAAAGGUAAGGAGAGGAUUCUAAAGGCAGCAAGAGAAAAACAGAGUUAAUUAUAAGAGAACCCCCAUAAUGCUAUCAACUGAUUUUCCUACUGAAACACUUCAGGCCAGAAGGAGUGGCAAGAUGUAUUCAAAGUUCUGAAAGGGAAAAAUUUACAGCCUAGAAUACUCUACCCAGCAAGAAUAGCAUUUAAAAUAGAAGGAGGAGUUCCUGUUGUGGCGCAGUGGUUAACGAAUCCGACUAGGAACCAUGAGGUUACGGGUUCGGUCCCUGCCCUUGCUCAGUGGGUUAACGAUCCGGUGUUGCCGUGAGCUGUGGUGUAGGUUGCAGACACGGCUCGGAUCCCGCAUUGCUGUGGCUCUGGCAUAGGCCGGUGGCUACAGCUCCGAUUCGACCCCUAGCCUGGGAACCUCCAUAUGCCGCGGGAGCGGCCCAAGAAAUAGCAACAACAACAACAACAACAACAAAGACAAAAAGACCAAAAAAAAUAAAAAUAAAAAAUAAAUAAUAAUAAAAAAAUAAAAUAGAAGGAAAAAUAAUUUUUCCAACAAAAAAAAAGCUAAAAGAAUACAGCAAUACUAAACCCAUUUUAAAAGAAAUACUGAAAGUUCUAAAUAGGAAAGAAGAAGAUAUAGGAUGGCAGAAAUCACAAUCAGAAAGUAAUCACUUAAAUAAGUCAGUAAAUCUAAAAGGAGGAAAAAAUCCACCUGUUGUAAAAGCAAUGGUAAACACAAGGAACAGCAAAAGGAUAAACAUGAAGAUGUAAAAAAAAGAUAUCAGAAAAUAUGGGGAAGGAAAGUAAGAAAAUCUAGUUUUUUUUUGUUUGUUUGCUUGUUUUGAAUGUGUUUGAGCCCUACAUGACUAUCAGGCUAAAGCAAGCAGAUAUAGGAAGGGGCUAACACACUUGAAAAAGAGAGCAAUCACAAGUCAAAACCAAACAAUACAUUCACCGAAACUAAACAGAAGAGGUCACAAGCAUAAAAUAAAAGGAAAUCAUCCAACCAGAAAGAGAACAAAAGCAAAGCAUAUAAUCAACUGGAAAACAAGGUGUGAAAUGGCAAUAAAUAUAUAUUUGUCAAUAAUUACUUUAAAUCUCAAUGGACUGAAUGCUCCAAUCAAAAGACAUAGAGUAGCAGACUGGGUAAAAAAACAAGAGCCUACAACAUGAUGUCUGGAAGAGACUCACCUUAGGGCAAAGGACACAUAUAAAUUGAAAGGGGAUGGAAAAGUUAUUUCAUGCUAAUGGAAAGGCCAGGAAGUCAGGAGUUGCAGUGCUCCUCUCAGACAAAACAGACUUUAAAACGGCCCAUAAAGACCCAUUCCUAGACAUCUAGCCAGAGAAAACCAUGGCUCAAAAAGACACAUGUACUCCAAUGUUCAUUGCAGCACUGUAUACAAUAGCCAAGACAUGGAAACAGCCUAAAUGUCCAUGAACAGUGGAGUGGAUAAAGAAGAUGUGUUACAUAUAUACACAGUGGAAUAUUACUCGGUCAUUGAAAGGAAAGAAAUAAUGGCAUUUGCAGCAACAUGAUGGACCUAGAAAUUAUCAUGCUAAAUGAAGUCAGUCAGAUGGUGAGACACCAACAUCAAAGGCUGGAAUCUUACAUGUGGAAUCUACACUUCCAUGUGGAAUCUAAAAAAAGGACGCAAUGAACUUCUUUGCAAAACAGAUCCUGACUCACAGACUUUGAAAAACUUAUGGUUUCCAAAUGAGACAGGUUGGGGGUGGCAGAUGACCUGGGGUUUUAAGGAUAGAAAUGCUAUAAAAUCAGGUUGUGAUGAUCAUUGUACAGCUAUAACUAAUAAAAUUAACUGAGUAAUUUUUUAAAAACAGGCCAUAAAGAAAAAGAAUGACACUAUUUAAUAAAUUAUCCAUCAAGAAGAUGAUACUAUACUUGUCAAUAUAUAUGCCCCUAAUAUAAAAGCACCCAGAUACAUACAACAAAUACUAACAGACAUAAAAGGAGAAGUUGAUGGGAAUACAAUAAUAGUAGGAGGUUUUAACACCCCACUCACAUAAACAGAUCUUCUAGACAGAAAACCAAUAAGGCAGCAGUGAUAACUGAUAUUUUCCAGAAUACAAAAAAAAAAAAACCCAAUAUACAUUCUUUUCAAGUGCACAUGGAACAUUCUCAAGGAUUGACCACAUACAAACUAACCUCAACAAAUACAAGAG